AUGUUUCUGCUAAGCUCAUUUGGUGUUGUUAGCUUCUCUUUUCUAUUCUUCCUUGCUUUGGCUUUCUCAAUAACAUUGCCUCAACCAGCCCUUUACCUAAUACAAUUCCACAACAGCCUUCCCAACAACUCUCAAAAUCUCUUGCCAUGGAAGCUCUCAAACUCACCAAUAUCACCUUCUUCUCACUGCCAAUGGGAUGGAGUUUCUUGCUACUCAAGCAAGACUGGCUUUCAAGUCAAGGCUUUGAAUCUCUCGGGAUUUGGACUCUCUGGUGUUUUAAACAACUCGAUUUCAUAUAUUUGUCACAACAAACGUUUGCUCUCUCUUGAUCUAAGUGGCAACAAUUUCAGUGGUGGAGUUCCUCAGAUGCUUGGAAACUGUGGCAAGAUCAAAACUCUUCUACUAAACGACAACAUCUUUGAAGGGUCAAUUCCUCCUGAGCUUUUCCUAUCCAAGAACUUGUCAAGGCUUGACUUGGGCUAUAAUUCUCUUUCUGGUAAUAUACCUGCUGAGGUAAGCUUCAGUGUUAGCCUUGAAUACAUUGGAUUGCACAACAAUUACUUCAAUGGACAGGUCCCAAGUGAGAUGUUUUCACUGCCAAAUUUGAAAUACUUGUAUCUAAACACUAAUAACUUUACUGGGUCUCUACCAGAUUUUCCACCUUCUUGUGCAAUAUCUGAUCUUUGGAUUCAUGAGAAUUCAUUCUCUGGAUCUUUGCCAAUUACUCUUAGCAGUUGCCAAAACCUUACUUCUUUUGUAGCAUCUCAUAACAAUUUGGGAGGGGUUAUUCCGCAAGAGAGUUUCAAAGAUCUUUUGAAACUUGAAGUUUUAUAUCUUGAUGAGAACAAUUUAGAGGGUGAAAUCCCAGAGAGUUUGUGGCGUCUUAGGAAUUUGGAGGAGUUUGUUCUAUCUGGAAACAAGCUUAAUGGGACUCUGUCUGAGAGCAUUUCCAAGUGUCUUGAGCUAACUAUAGUGGCUCUCUCAGCUAAUAAGCUGGUGGGGCAGAUUCCUCAUUCAAUUGGAGCUCUCAAAGAUUUGAAGAGUUUGUUUUUGUUUGAUAACAUGAUCAAUGGCUCUUUACCUCCUGAGCUUGGAAAUUGUAGUUCACUUACUGAACUUAGGCUUCAAAACAACUUCAUUGGAGGUGUAAUCCCAACAGAAAUUUGCAAUCUUGAAAAGCUUGAGGUUCUUUUUCUGUUCAACAACCGUUUGGAAGGCCGCAUUCCGGAGAACAUAUGGGAUUUGAGGAGCCUUGUGGAGUUGGCUCUUUAUAACAACAGCUUGAUUGGUGAAAUCCCAACUGAAAUAAGCGGUUUGAAGAAGCUCACUUUCUUGUCUCUGGCUCACAACAGUAUCAGUGGAGAAGUGCCAUCUGAUCUUGGGAGAUACAACUCUCCUGGACUAGUUAAACUUGAUUUGACCGGUAAUUUGCUAUCUGGACCAAUCCCUUCUGGUCUAUGUACGGGCAAUAGUCUUUCGGUUUUGACCCUUGGAAGUAACCGCUUCAACGGCAGUUUCCCAGGAGAAAUUGGAACAUGUUCAUCACUCAAGAGGGUGAUUCUUAGCAACAAUCUUCUUCAAGGGACUAUACCAGCUGAUUUGAACCAGAACGCGGGAAUUUCUUUCUUACAAGUUCAUGAUAACUUGCUUGAAGGAAUGAUACCCCCGGUAUUUGGUUUUUGGAGGAAUCUCACAAUGCUCGACUUUUCUGGAAACAGAUUAUCCGGUUCGUUGCCUCUCGAGCUUGGAAAGCUUCAGAAUAUUCAGAUUCUCAGACUUUCUUCUAACAGGCUAACAGGGAUCAUCCCCACUGAGCUUGGCUAUUGCAAAAAAAUGAUCAAACUGGACCUUAGCAAGAAUUAUCUUUCAGGGAAAAUUCCUUCAGAACUCACAUCAUUGACAAAGUUGCAAAGUCUACUCCUUCAAGAGAACAGACUUACCGGUCCUAUUCCCGACACUUUCUCUUCUCUCCACAGCCUCAUUGAGCUGCAGCUAAGUGGCAACAUGCUUGAAGGCUCUAUUCCUUGUAGCUUCACUAAACUUCACCACUUUAGUUCAAUGCUAAAUUUGAGCUACAAUGAACUCUCUGGUAAAAUCCCAGACUGCCUUGGAAACCUAGACAAACUACAAGUUCUUGACCUCUCAAGCAACAAUUUCUCCGGCGAGUUGCCUAGUGAACUGAACAGCAUGAUCUCCCUUAUCUUUGUCAACAUAUCCUUCAAUCAACUCUCUGGAAAACUCCCUUCUUCUUGGAUGAAAUUGGUUGCUUCAUAUCCAGGUUCUUUCCUUGGCAACCAAGAACUCUGCUUGCUAGGCAAUGAGGCUACUAAAUUCUGUCAGAUUGAGGAGGCUAGAGACAACCCAAAAAGAGGCCGAAUCUUGCCUGGUGUGGUUAUUGGCGUGGUAAUCUCGGUGACACUUCUUUGUAUUUUUGUUUAUGCAUUAGUGGUUCGAGGCCUAGAAAAGAAACAUAACCACGACGAUUCUCUCCUACCCGAGUGUCAACCGAAAACCGAGUUUUUACCUAAAGAUUUGAAGCUCGAAGACAUAGUGCGCGAAACUGAAGGAUGGAAUGACAAGUAUGUCAUCGGCAGAGGAAAACAUGGAACAGUUUACAGGACACAAUCCAUGAACUCAAGAAAACAUUGGGCAGUGAAGAAGGUGAACUUGUCCGAUAGAAACUUUGGGAUUGAGACUAGAACUCUGAGUUUGGUUAGGCACCGGAAUGUGGUGAGAAUGGAAGGGUAUUGCAUCAAAGAUGGUUAUGGUUGUAUCUUGACAGAAUACAUGCCUGGAGGGACUCUCUUUGAUGUGCUGCACAGGAGUGAAUCACGUUUACUUCUAGACUGGGGCACCCGAUAUCGCAUUGCCGUAGGCAUCGCACAAGGCCUUUGUUACCUUCACCAUGAUUGUGUCCCACAAAUCAUUCACAGAGAUGUAAAAUCAGAUAACGUUUUCUUGGACUCUGAGUUGGAACCAAAGCUUGGAGAUUUUGGGACAGCAAGGAUAUUGGCCAAUGGUUCUGAGGAUACAAGCUCCGCUAGAUCAACAAUUGUAGGAACACUGGGCUAUAUUGCACCAGAAAAUGCAUAUACGACCCGGGUGACGGAGAAAUGUGAUGUGUACAGCUACGGGGUUAUCCUGCUAGAGCUUCUAUGCAGGAAAAUGGCUGUUGAUCCGAGCUUUGAAGGAGUUGAUCUUGUCACAUGGACGAGGACGAGUCUAGAUGAAAACAGUGACUGCAGUUGCUUGUUCGAUGAGGAAAUUAAUUACUGGGAUGGAAAUGAACAACACAAGGCACUGAGGUUGCUGGAUCUGGCGCUUGAAUGCACAGAAACAACGCCUGCUAUAAGACCCUCCAUGAGAGAUGUUGUAGGGUUCCUUAUCAAGUUGAAUGAUAUGCAUGGAUGA